AUGAGCCUCACAAAGCCAAAAAUUGGCUUGCUCUCGCAGACCAUAGUACCAAGUCCCAGCAUUCAAUUUGCCUUGCCUGCUCGGUUGCGGAACAAGCGUCAUAACGAUGUCGUCUUCGUGUAUGAAAGGUCCUUAGUCAUUCGUGAAAUCAUCUCAGACACCUAUCUGGAAGAUGUCAUGGUCAAUUCGGAUUUUGACGCCAAUAUAGUCGCUGCGAAAACAGUCAAAAUCGACCAAGAUACUUUAGAGGGAGCUGAAAUUAAGCUGAACGCUCAGAAAAGCCCCUUGGAAGUCGAUCGACAAGAUGAUUCACUGCCAGGUCAUAUUUUAGCCCUGACGUUGGACUCAAGAGAAUUGCUAUUUCUUUACUGUCAUAGCGGCUCUCCAGAUAACGACGUGGGAUUUGUCCAUUUCCGCAGAGCCUUACCCUCCGAUGUGAGCAUAUCUGAGAGAUUUGGCCGACAUCUAGCUGUCGAUCCCAGGUCUCGUGCAGUUGCAGUUGCAGCACCCGCUGACUUUUUUGGUGUCUUCAUGCUUAAGGCAUCAGGGGAGCUGCAUUCACAAAUUAAGGGGGGUACAUUGGCACCAAUUGCCGAAGAGCGGUUUUAUCGGCUAGAAGGUCACAUUAUGUUCAUGGAUUUUUUAUACUCUCCAGAAAAUGAGAAAAACAACAUCGUCCUUCUACUCAUAGUAUCUCGAGGCCCUCUUACUUAUGCCAUGCAUUACAUUUGGGACUCUGAAAAAGGAGUAAGGCAGGCGCAGCCAAAACCGAUUACCAGCAAGCUUCCUGAUUUUUGCAGAUUGCCUAAUCUACUCAUUCCUCUGACAAAGUCCUCAAAUUAUCUGCUCAUAACCCCUUCGUUUAUAAUCAUUAAUCGGAACCCUCUGAGUCCCAAUUCCAAGCGCGUGAAGCAACGUUGUUCCGACUUAAUAUCAAAGUCUCCAUCCAUAUGGGCAAAGUGGGCUCGUCCAUAUAGGCACCCGAAAUAUGACAUAUUGCAUGACGACGUCUUCUUAUGUAGAGAAGAUGGACGUCUCACUUACGUUGAAAUAGACAACAAAGGUCAAAUCGAAUCUAUCAAUGUGAUUGGACAGUUGGAUUGCGAAGUGGAUGCUGCUUUUGACACCAUUGAUUUUAACCAUCCCAGUCACGGGGGCGAUCUGUUGAUCGCAGCAGGCAGUACAGGUCAUGGAGGCUUGUUUAUCCAGACUGCAAGACAGAAUCCAGAAUGUGUGCAGAGAUUUGUGAACUGGGCGCCUGUGUUCGACACUGUCAUAGUGCCGCCACUUCAGAAGAAGGCUGGACAUGAAUUUGAUAUGACAAAAGAUCUGAGCGAUGAUCUUCAUCUGUAUGUAUCAUCUGCCUCAUCGAAUAACAGUGGUGCUGUAUAUGAAUUCCGUCAUGGUUACGAAGCCCAAAUCGGGAUGAUUAUCCCCCUGGAAGAUUUCACUACUGCACGGGCGGUUUGGGUCAUACCGGAUUUUUCCCAAGAUGGAACCUAUUUCUUGAUUUCCGAUCCAAUCUCUUCGGCCUUGAUGCAUCUUUCGCGGAACGAGAGCGGUGAGGGUGAUGAGAUUUAUGCCGUUGAUGGCUCUGAUCUAUCCCUUGACCUGUCAGUAAAUUCUCUGGCAGCGGGCUAUACAUCUACUGGAGUUUUGUUCCAAGUCACCUCGAAUGCCGUCCGGGCAGUGCUACUGAAUAACCCGGAAAUAAAUUGUGUGUCGGACUUUUCUAUAGAUCAAACUGUCUUGGUUGCGACACUCAGUGAGGAAUUAGAACUUGUUGCAGUUGCUCUCAGAUCUGAGCAGGGAAUAAGUAUACAGGUUGGAAGGGCGAUACUGAAUGACUGCUCUCUCAACAUUGAUUUCACGGGGAAGACAAUCCAUGUCGAACAUGAGCCUAUUUCAAUAGUAGUAGAGGCAUUGAAGGAUGGAGCAUAUUUGUUUGUCGGUACUAGUGAUGGAUACCUUGCUUACUAUCGGGUCGAACAGGAUGAACUUGUGUGCAUUGGCGAGUACAUGCUCAAUCUGCCUAAUGAUCAUGUAUCCAAGGCCAUAGAGAGUAUCGCUCUGAUCGAUGGGGUGGGAACAGAGAAGGCGGCACUUUAUUGUGGCCUCCGCAGUGGCUUGCUCGUCUCCUUGGAAAUUAUUUUCGAAACAAUGAGCAUCAACCAGCGAGCUGCAAAGAGAUUCGGACAAACCGUUGUCAAGCUCCUAAGAAAAGAGAACACGGUUCUGGUUACAUGUGGCAUGGGCUUCUGGCGCAUUUCAGAUAUAAGUAUAGGCAGUGCAUCUGACUUUGAUCUCCAACGAAUUUGGAUCACUGACCAGAAUGAUUCCACAUAUACACAAAAAGGCAUAGAGGGCCUCACAAUCGUGAAUGCCUCCCAGUGCCCCUCUACAAACAGUUUAGGCGGAUCUUUGGUCUGUAUCAGCGACGAACAGCUUCUGGUGUGCAGCCUGGACCGUCGAGCCAAAGCAGUGCCGCGCAUGGUUGAACUACCUGGUACUGUCAAUCGAAUCCAGUAUUCGGCGCAUCUCAAGUGUCUUGUGGUCGCAUACAUUACAACCGAGUUGGAAACAGAAGCGGGAACGGACCCCGAAAAUAGCAUUAUCAGACGGUACAUGCGCCCUCAUUUGAGCUUCCUAAACUUUGACGAUUAUAAUUCUCACCUGCUGUCCUACCAACAUAACCUUGAACCACUCGAUUCCUCGCACGCUCAAAAACCAGUUGGCUCGUCCGGCGAGCGGAUAACCUGUAUACUCGACUGGAUCCCCGAAACAGGUGGACAGAAAUACCAUUUACUUGUGGUUGGAACCGCACGAAAGACGCAAGAGCAGAGUGGGCGAGUGAUCUUCCUGAACGCAAAACGCAACGCUGCGAACCCGGAACAGAUUGAUUGUUCUUUGAAAUAUAUCCACACAUUUGACGGACCCGUACGUGCUAUUGCAGCAUAUGGCGACUCGACCAUAAUGGUGGCCUCAGGAAAUGAUAUUAUCCCUAUUGCGCCGCGGUUACCGAACGGUGGAGAGCAAUGGGCUGCCGCAGCAAGGUUUAAAUUGACCUCUCCAGGAGUUUCGAUCAUAGUUCGCGACACGUUACUGUACAUCAGCACAGCCAGAGAGUCCCUUGUGAUAUUACAAGUUGUGAACAAAAAAUUGGAAUUAUAUGCUCAAGAUGGAGUGCGACAUGAAAGUCUUUCACAUCAAUACAUUGGCGGAGAGAAUGACCUGACCCUCGUCAGUCACAGAGGAGGCACAAUCAGCGCCUUUUCUGCAGCUGGCGUUACUGACAUGGACAAAAUCAUCUCUCCAGCCAUUGCCGAGGCUCAAUUACCUGUAUCAAUCAUUCGACUUAACGCUUGCGACGACCCGUCUCUCCAAUCCUCCUCAUCACCAGUAGUAUACGGCACCACAACGGAUGGCGCCAUCUACCGAAUCUCAACCCUCACCGAAAAACAAUGGCGUCUCCUCCGCUUCCUCCAGAACCUAUGCAGCAAAGAUUCCACCCUGUCUCCAUUCCUAUCCGCUCGAAAACGGCGUUGGACAUGGGCUGAUAUCGAGCCUCAAGCGAAAAAGCCUUCAUCAAUGCAUGUUGAUGGAGAUAUUUUAUCUCGGUUACUACCCAAGGGUACAACAUAUCUUCGGAAAAUGUUACGCAGCGAUCAAGAAGAGGAACUGGAUAAUGCGGUUAUGCCGCCGCCAAAGACUUAUAUAGAACUUUUCGUUGAGCUGUUUGAUGAUGUUUUUGGGGAGGAUAUUGUCGAGGGAGAUCGGUUGGAUUACUUGAUGAGUUGGUUACGAAAAUUAUUGCAGCGGCGACUUUGA